AACACCCAUUCCGGCUAUCCCAGCCACGUUUGUGCCUUACUCGCCUCCCACGACAUCCUCACGAUCUUGAUCUGCAACGAUGCCUUUGUCGCAACCAUCGGCAUCGCGACUCUGGCUCUCCUUCCUCGCCUGGCGCCAGAGUACAAGGACAUCCUCUCGCUCGUUUCCGAAGAUGGGAGGCUCCGUGUUGUUCAGUCUCACAUCGAUGGCAGGGCAUCUAUUCCCAACUCCAAGAGAGCCAAGUUCUGCGAUGUUCUUAACAGGACCAAGGAAUUCAUCGAUGCCAACGACUUCCUCCAGGGAGUCUUCUUCUUCCUCACACGCAGGAACGGAUAUCCAGCGAGCUUUGAGGCAUAUCAGAAGGAGCUGCCUCUCUGGUGGGCAGCUGCCAGAUCAGAAUUGCUUCGGUGCAUCAUCAACCACGAGAGUGUCCAAGCUCCUCCCACACGAAGUGUAUUUUCUUCAAGAUGCAUCUCAUGCGCCAUGUAUCAGAUUGGUCGACUGCGGAGUCUCGGUGUUUUCCGACUGGCCAGAGAUCUCUCACCGCAUCAGAACUCUCAUCAUUGAUAACUCAACCAACGAAGUCACGGACUUUUCUGGCUUUCCCGAGAUGCAACAACUCGAGUCUCUGACGAUUCGGUGCAAUAUUGCCACUCUCGAAGGAAUGCCGAAUACCUUGCCGAACUUGACUCUGCUCGAUUUAUCCGAGUGUGCGAACAUCCAGAGCCUCAACGGACUGUCACGGAUACCAAGUGUUAUCAGAGUGAGGCUCCCUCCACUCAUCGAGAACAUCGAACCUCUUUAUCAAUACUUUGGCCAGCUUGAGAUGUUGGAUCUGAGCCGCUGCAGUCGAAUCACAUCUCUUGUUGGGUUUCCUCCGUUGCGAAAAUUGAAUGAGCUCAGACUUCCAAGAUCCAUCCAGAGCCUGUAUAGAUUUCCAAGCCAACUGGACUCGCUCACGGACUUGAACAUGUGGACAUGCGAUCGACUCAUGUCGCUCGAGCGACGACCACCGAUGCCGGGAUUGAGGAACAUCCGGCUUCCUCAAUCGAUCUGUCUGAAGAAUGCUGUUGAUAUCAUCCAUUGGUUUCAACAAUCACCCCAAUGGAGGAGUUGUUCUGCGAAGGAUCGAUCGCACAAUGUCCGUCUAGCAUUCCACCAAUUCUGGACAUUGCUGAGCCUGGUAUUCAUCGAUGCAUUAUCGGAGGCGAACCUAUCAAACCAGUGCCUCAAUGUGCAUAUGGAGGAACCAAGCGAGCUCCUUGAUCAUUUCUUGAGGACAUCAGGAGACGAGAACUUUAAUGAACUAAUAGGAGACACUCGCACGGCAAUGGAUAUAUCAGCAGGAUUGAAUAUUCAGUUGCUGGGCAUCGAUCGAGGCAGAACAUACAUCGGAUGCUACGCUCUGGAUUAUGACUCCAUGCUGUCUGUGCUGGAGAUUCCCACAGGGCUGGUGAACUGGAAAUCUCCCUUGACGAAAGUCACAGUCCACUCUCAAUCCCUUGAAAGUUGUCAUCGUGAGAGCAACUAUAUACUGCGCAUCGACCAAACGGCAGAAAAGAUGGUCUGGAGGGACAGUAAAGCCGAGUGUCUAGUGGGAAUGCCACCAAGAUUCGAUUAUAUAAAGCACUUGGAGAUCGGCUGGAAUAGUCUCAAGUCUCUCAGAGGCAUGCCCGAGAUGCAUUUACUCGAAAAGCUCACUCUCAGGGCAGAUGUUGAGGAUCUUCAAGGACUGCCGCCAGUGCUUCCGUCCCUCAUGCAUUUGGAUAUAAGUGAUUGCGCUCGGCUAACGUCGCUCAAGGGAAUGCCCGAGAUGCCCAAAUUGACAACAUUGAUACUGCCUCCACUGAUACGGAGCCUGCAAGGACUGCCCAGGAUCCUCUGCUCGCUUCAAAGCAUUGAUCUCUCAAGCUGUUCUGAGCUUGCGUCGCUCAAGGAGAUUCCUUAUCUCCCCAACUUGAGAAAACUGAUAACUCCCAGGGGACUGAAGACCUUGGACAUACCCCUGAAUCACAUCAGCUCGCUUGAAGAGCUCCAUAUGUCGUACUCGUCAAGUCUCGAGUCACUUGAUCGCUUUCCAUACACACCCAAAUUGAAGAUUCUGUGUCUGAAUGGUUCAUUUUACAACCUCCGUGGACUGCCAAGCUGUAUGCCGUCGCUUCAGAUCCUCUACGUAUUGUGUCCCUUGCUUACGUCGCUCGAGGGAUUCCCUGCGUCCCUGAUGAGGCUCUUGGAACUGAAUCUAUACUCAUGCACGAAUUUGCGAUCGAUCGAAGGACUCCCACGCAUGCCUCUGCUCCAGAAAUUGAGAUGCAGCGGCAUGCCGCAAUCAAUAUUCGAUGAGUUAGUCGGCCCGACUGAGGAGCUGAUUCACCGCAACUGAGCGUAUCUGGAUGAAGUCCUCGCUUCAUCACACUAUCAUCGAUCAGCCUCAGUCCAGAUGGUGACGGAAGGGAUUGUGGACAACUCAG